AAGGUUGAGCGCUCAUAGUCCAGUUUCGUUUUCACCAGUAACUGAAGAUGGGUUCGUUGUUCCGGAGCGAAGAAAUGCAAUUGUCUCAGAUGUUUCUGCACACAGACAUAGCCUACAUGUGCAUAUCAGAGUUAGGGGAGUUGGGACUGGUGCAAUUUCGAGAUACCGUCCCAGGUACCAACGCCUUCCAGAGAAAAUUUGUAAAUGAAGUUCGAAGAUGUGAUGAAAUGGAGCGAAAACUGAGUAAUUUUUACGCUAAAUCGGCGCAUUUACUUAGGAUUCCUGGAGAAGGAGAUCGAAAAAGAUAAAUUUCCCAUAUUGGACACUGGCGAAAAUCCUGAAGCUCCGGCCCCACGUGAAAUUAUCGACUUAGAAAGUAUUUUUGAGAAAUUAGAGAACGAACUAAAAGAAGUGAACUCAAGCGCAGAAAAACUAAAGAAGACGUACCUGGAAUUGUCUGAACUGAAGCAGAUUUUGCGCAAAACGCAGACAUUUUUUGACGAAGUAAGUUUUUAUUUUUUCGUACGAGUUAAUGUGUCGCCUUCAAACUGAUUUAAAACGUACAUUCGAUAAGUUUGAUGUUGCAUUAUAGUUCGGUGAUGUGUUUUAGUAAAUACGUUGAGUUAUGGUCUAUCAGGCUCGAUGAACAUAAAAUAUUAUGGUUAACAUAAGUGAUGGUGGUAUAAUCCACUCAUAUUUAUACGACUAAGAAUAAUUUCAAGUUUUAUCUAAACAUAGUAUUGUCAGAUUAACCUCUAUUUCUCCCCGGCCUGGGGGUUUGAUGAGUUUACGCGUAAUACUCAUAUCAUUUGCUAGUCCUACUUCAUUGUGGGUAACAGAUUGAACUAACCAACUGGUUAUUCAUCACCUAUCGAUUAAAUAUGAGCUUUUUUCGGCAUUUAUGAUCAUAAGUUUAGUUACUAGGGUAGACCUGUCCUACUUCCAUUGAUCAAAGUGUUAGUUCUCAUGCAUUUGUCCAUACAGUACAGAUAUCUGAAAAUUAGGAAUGUUUAGACUUUCUUUUGAUCCGUAACUCGUUCAUCACAGUUUUUUGAAGUGUAUUGUGGGGAGUUCUCUAUCACUUCACUAGUUGCUUUCCUAACUUAUUGUGCUAGUUUUUAAGUUUUCGAAUGGCUCACCUUUCUGUUUUCCAUUCGUUAUUGGUGACAAACUAUGGUAAUCGGUUUUAUCAGCUUUAUUUCCGAUUAGCUAAUAAGAUAGUCUAUUUAGCACAUUAAAUCAGCUUGCAAACAGCGAUUUGUAAUGGUAAUGGUAAAUCAGUUUACAAGGGAAGCUGAAUGUUCAUUUUGCCAAAGUAGAAAAACGUAACAAGUGAUGAAAGUACUAGAAUUUCACACGGUUGGCUGCAGAAUCCAGUUGCAUUUCAGUUGUCUAAGUAGUCUCUGGCAAUCUAUAGUACACAUUGUUGUGGCUUAUUUCUUUUCAUUCAGUUAACUAGAAUUUACUAAGUCAGAAAGCCUGACUGCUCAUUAUCAAUGAAAACUUGAUUGGUAUACUUCAAGUUACACAGUUGUCGAUAGCUGUUAUCGGGAUAUAGAUUGGAUUAAAGCACAUCCUGUAUAGUACUGUGGUGGGGCAUGCUGGUUGGUUUUUUCCUAACUAACCAGUGCUAGCGGAGACUCGGAGAAGACUCUAGAAUCUUAUGCAAAAAUCUCAAAUAUACUAACGCUUUUCUUGUCGUGAUUCCUACUUCCAUCCAACUUCUUUAUUUGGAGUUUAAUUACGUUCCUGUUCAACCACGCUCGGAUUUGGGGACUUUUCAAGUAGUAUCUGAGAAUAUUUAGCAAUAAGAGUGACUGAGUCGAAAUAAGAGAAGUUAUGACGGUAGUUAUGCAGGUUUUGGGUCGAACUCUGUAUAGGACGUAAACGUUCAACUACAGUGUCCUUAAGCUAUACCUGCCAUGAUGACAAUCUAGCCAUUGCUCGUUUAUAACUGAAGAAAGUAGGCAAUAUCUGUUCAAGGUUGUAAUGGUUAAGAAUAUGUCAGGCCUGAGUUUAGCAUAGACUACCAAUUAUUGUUUCAAACUAAAACCGUGUGGUUUUCUUAAUUGUCACACAGUUGAUCAUCCUUGCGGCGUUGUUGAGCGUGACUAAAUUGUUAUGGUUAGCAUUCACACUCAGGCGUAGGCUGCCUUAGACAUCGGCAAGUUGUCCGUUGCUCUUUUCCUUGUAUUGCAUGUGGUUAUACCUAAUUGCCUCAGCCGUUGUCUGGUCCUUUUGUCGGUUUGUCCGACUUCGGUGUUGUACUGCUGUGAAUAAAUUAGUGCCAAGAUUUACCGAUUGAACGUCUGACCAUACCUUCCAAUGAUUUGCCCCUUCGUCGACUAAACCGCGAACAGGCUCUGCACGAUCCUGCAAUGUCAGAAGAAAAUGUUGGACUCCUUGGCGGUGAAGCAAUGGGUGCUGCUGGCACUGCUGGUGGAUUACGACUGGGGUUUCUUGCUGGGAUUAUCCUUCGUGAACGGUUACCAGCUUUUGAGCGUAUGCUGUGGCGGGUGUGUCGAGGAAAUGUUUUCCUUAAGCAAGCAGAAGUUGAUGACCCAUUAGAAGAUCUAACAACGGGCAUGCCAGUCCACAAAUCCGUAUUCUUGGUAUUCUUUCAGGGUGAUCAGCUUCGAACUCGUGUUAAAAAGAUAUGCGACGGAUUCCAUGCAACCCUAUAUCCUUGCCCAGAUUCACAAGCCGAUCGACGUAAUAUGGCCAUUGAAGUGAUGGGUCAGAUCCAAGAUUUAGAAACAGUGCUAACGCAAACUAGGCAGCAUCGUCAACGUAUUUUAGAAACGGCCGCUAAAAAUUUACGUACCUGGUUUAUAAGGGUUAGGAAAAUCAAAGCUAUCUAUCAUACUUUAAAUUUGUUCAACCUUGAUGUAACUACGAAAUGUAUGGUUGGGGAAUGCUGGUGUGCAGUGAAUGACGUGGACAAAAUUAAUUUAGCUCUACGUCGUGGUAUGGAACGCAGCAAUAGUACUCUGCAACCGAUUUUAAAUGGAAUAGUAACUACGGAAAAUCCUCCGACAUACCAUCGAACAAAUAAAUUCACCUAUGCUUUUCAAAGCAUCAUUGAUGCUUACGGAGUCGCACGUUAUCGAGAAGUCAAUCCAGCUCUGUUCACGGUUAUCACAUUCCCAUUCCUGUUUGCUGUAAUGUUUGGAGAUGCUGGUCAUGGAUUGCUUAUGUUUCUUUUCGCUUUGUGGAUGGUUGUAUGUGAGCGAAAAUUAAGCGCUAAUAAGUCCGGAGGUGAGAUUUGGAAUAUAUUUUUCAAUGGUCGUUAUAUUAUACUUCUUAUGGGUUUGUUUUCAAUUUAUACUGGAUUGAUAUACAACGACAUAUUCUCUCUAUCUGCCAACAUUUUCGGGUCCUCAUGGUAUCCAACUUAUGAUAAUAGUGCUUUAUCAAAGGAAGUUAGACUCCAGUUAGAACCUCGAACAAGCGUUAAUGUGUCGGACCGAAUGUAUGCUGGAUAUCCUUAUCCUUUUGGUUUAGAUCCUGUAUGGCAAUUAUCUGGUAAUAAAAUCAUGUUGACAAAUUCGAUCAAGAUGAAGAUGUCUGUCGUACUGGGAGUAUUACACAUGCUAUUGGGCAUUAGUUUAGGUGCUUUCAAUUACAGAAAUAAUAAAGAUAACUUAUCGAUUUGGUGCUUACUGCUUCCUCAAAUCCUUUUCCUGUCAUGCAUCUUCCUCUAUUUGGUGAUAUUAAUCUUUUUCAAAUGGGUUGCGUAUACGGCGGAAACGGCAUCCUCUGCACCAAGUCUUCUUAUCGGAUUGAUCAAUAUGAUCCGUUUCAGUUAUUCGGAUGAAAUUCCUCCUUUGUAUUCUGGACAGAAAGCUGUUCAAAGUAUAUUGAUGGUUAUUGCAGUUAUAUGUGUUCCUUGGAUGUUGUUGUCUAAACCCUUAAUUUUGUAUAUGCGUCAUCGUGCCAUCAUGAAGAAUAGACAUUAUGUGGAUCCUGAUGCAAGUGUGCAUGUGGUCAUUGGUGGUGUAACAAAUCCAAAUAUGGAUGAUAGUUUCAUUGGUGAUAAUAAUGGUAUUAUGUACAGUGACAUGUCUCCACUACAUAGAUCGUCAUCUGAAAAACGUUCUAAGGUUUCAUUAAUUAGUCAAACAGAUUCACCAAGUAGUCAUGAUGUUCAUAAGUUUGAUUUCGGAGAUAUAAUGGUUCAUCAAAGCAUUCACACGAUUGAGUUUUGCUUAGGUUGCAUUUCCAACACAGCUUCUUACCUUCGGCUAUGGGCUUUGAGUUUAGCACAUGCGCAAUUAUCGGAAGUCCUUUGGAGUAUGGUUAUGAGAAUGGGUUUACGUAUAUCUGGUCUAUAUGGCGGUGUUGUGUUAGCAUUUAUUUUCGCAUUCUGGGCUGUGCUAACCGUUAGUAUUCUUUUGUGCAUGGAAGGAUUAUCUGCUUUUCUCCAUACACUUCGUCUCCACUGGGUGGAAUUUCAAAAUAAAUUCUACAGUGGUGAUGGUUAUCCUUUCGUUCCAUUCUCCUUCGAACAUUCCAGCAGUGUAGUCGACAAUUAAAAUUAGACUUUAUUAUUUUGCUAUGUUGUGUGUGUUCACUUAAAUUUAUCUUCAUAAAUGUUGUGAUUAUUCUUUUAAACUGCUAUAAUCAUUUCAUCUACUGGACAGUCCAGGUAAUUUAAUACUUAUUACUUAUUUAUUUAACCCUUAAGUCAUCAUCUACUUAACCGAUUUUAUUAUCCUUGAUCAUUAUACAUUGACUGGGUUCGUUUCAUAUUUAUUAAUUUUUAUGUUGUUAGAUCUACUAAUAAAGCUGUUCAAAUCCACUUUCACAUUUUAAGAUAUUGCUUUAUCACUGAG